AUGGUAGUGUCAACAGAUCCUCAACGUGAGCAAGUUUUGAAACUUAUUGGGGAAAAGGAAAAAGUUGAAAAGAAAAUCGCUGACUUAGGAUUGGUACUUCAGACGAAUAAAAUUGGUUUUGAUGAACCAUUAGUUGAUGCUGAAGGCUUUCCAAGAGGUGACAUUGAUGUCAGAUCUGUACGUUUAGCAAGAACUCAAAUAAUUUGUUUGCAAAAUGAUCUCAAAGAAUUGACUAAAUCCAUUGAAUCUGGAUUGGAAAAAUACUUCCACGAGUCAAAAGAAACAUUAACAUCAACAAAAAUCCCUCCAGAAAUAAGAAAUGCAUCACCAGAUCCAUCUACAUCGACAUCUCAUUCGACAGAAAUCAAUCAAACUCCAAUUGUUGUAGUAAAUCUCGUUUCACCUGGAAGCCCUGCUGAAGAUGCUGGUAUCCAAGUUCGUGACAAGAUCCUUGCGUUUGGAACUAUAACAUCCCUCAACUUUAAAGAUCUGGCACAGAUUGGUGACCUGGUAAAGAAUUCACAAAAUCAACAAGUUCGUGUGAAAGUAAAUCGUGACAACAAAAUGGAAGAGCUCAUUUUGGUUCCGAAAAUAUGGAGUGGUCGUGGAUUUCUCGGUUGUAACAUCGUUCCUUAUUCUUCAAUUUAA